AGGAGACGGUUACGAUUCAAAUAAUGAUCGCGGGCGGAUCCGGGUUAUCCCCCUCUGCUCCAAAUCCGCCCGUUUACAUCCUAGUCGAGAACUGGUUUCAACCUUCACACUGCAGCCAUGGCGUCGUUCUCAGGUGUGGCAGAAUGUGCUCCUUAACUUCCCACUUGGGCAGAUAUACAUGACUUGUAUCAGGAUCUGCAUCAGUUAUUGAGAGUUUUUUCCUUAUUGGCCACAGAUCAGUCUCAAGUGUUGCAGCUCUUCUUGUGUCAUUCUCAACCAAAUUGGCUGCUGCUGGUGCUGCUGCUGGGCUUUGCUGCAUCUUCAGGCGCCCCUUAUGAAGGACUUGGUCGACAAAUUCAAACAGGUCCAUAUCCAUUCUUAAUGGUGAGGCCUGACCAGGAAGAGAAUGAGCCAGGCAGAAGAAUAUCUUCAAAGUCGAGAUGACUUCAAACCACAACUAGGGGGAACCAAACCAUGUCUCCCGUGGGAGCUCCCCGUGGCCAAUGAAAAAGGGAGCAGUCGCUGUCGCCUAUCAAGGCUCUUUGGAAACUUUGAACAAUUCAAAGGAGAGGAAACUGUCCCCACAGAGAGGGAGGGACUGGACCUCGUCUUCUCGCACUACUCCAUGGAACGAAGCAAAACAAGAAGAUGAAGACGACGCAGAAGAGGGUCUCCUACACGAGUCAUUGACAUGCGAAAGCGACGGGAAGAGAUGACUUUUUCCACCCCGCAACAUUGCAAACACCAAAAACUCCAUUUUCAUGCUUAUCUUCAAUUCAAUCCAAAUUCACAAAUCUCUCACUCCAGCUUCUUCACUUGAAAAGAAAUUUAAGAAACGCCCAAGACCCCCAAAUGCACCCCCCUCAAGACGUGUUGAAGAAUUGAAUACAGAUAAAAGAAACACCCAGUAUCAGUUCUCUGCAGUUCAAGCUUCUGAAGAUCAAGUUCUCCUUAUUCUCUGAUAUCUGUCUCUGCAGUCCGUACAUCGCUUCAGCAACUUCUCUUCUUCUUUUUUGAUACUUCAUUCAAUACAGAAGGAAGAAAAUCUUCUGGGUUUUAGAAAAAUGCAGGUAAUGAAUAGCAGGAGCUUCCCGGAGCUGGUCUCCGAGUUACUAGUUUUGGCAGAGGAGGUCACUUCCCUUGCAAAAGAUUCUGAGAUUGAAAGAGAGAUAUUUGCUGAAUUUGCGUUGUUUAUUGCGAAGUUCACGCCAAUUCUCAUUGAUUUAUCACAUAAUGACAAGGUAAUGGACACACCCACCAUCCGAAAAGCUGCGGAGUCUCUUAAAGAAGAGCUUGGCCAUGCUAAGUCCUUGAUUGAAACCCCAUCUCCAAAGCAAAUCCAGGAUGUGACUCGCGAGCUAGGGCAAUCAUUAGGCCACGUGCUCUUGGCGAGUCCUGAAGUGACUAUAGAUAUUAAGGAAAAGAUUGGGGCAUUGCACAGUGAAAUGUUAAAUGCAAGGUUCAAUGCAUGUCCCAGUUGUGAGUCUGAGCUUGUUGAUGAGUUGCAACUGCAAGGGGAAAUUACAGAAGAUGACCACAUUUGUCAUGAUCCGGAAGAAGUUGUGCUGCAGCUCAAGUACGGAAAAGAUGAAGAAUUCAAGUUUGCGCUUUUGAGUUUGAAUGACUUCGUCAGGUGUAAAACAAUCUCUGAUGAAUGGAUUAACAAUGAAGGGAUUGUUCCAAUUUUAUUUAAUCGGCUGGGUUCGAGUAAACAAAAGGACCGGUCGGUCAUAAUUCAAAUACUGAGAAUCCUAGUUGUGGAGAAUGCUGAUUACAAGGAGAAAAUGGCAGAAGCUGCAUCUUUAUCAACACUGGUGAAAUCUCUGAGUCGCGAUGUUGAGGAGAGGAGGGAAGCUGUGGGGCUAUUGCUGGCCCUAUCGGAUCUUCCUGCAGUUCAUCGGCGAAUUGGUAGGAUUCAAGGGUGUAUAGUUAUGUUGGUCACCAUGCUUAAUGGGGAUGAUCCUAUUGCUUCACAUGAUGCACGAAAGUUGUUGAAUGCUUUGUCAAGUAAUGCUCAAAACACUCUUCAUAUGGCAGAGGCUGGUUACUUUAAACCGCUAGUGCAAUACUUAAAGGAAGGUUCUGACAUGAGCAAGAUCCUCAUGGCAACAGCACUUUCAAGGAUGGAGCUUACAAAUCAAAGAAGAGCAGCACUUGGAGAAGAUGGAGCAAUUGAACCUCUUGUCAAAAUGUUUAAUGGAGGGAAGCUUGAAGCCAAGCUAUCUGCCCUAAGUGCGCUCCGAAAUUUGUCCAUCUUGAAAGAAAACAUCCAUCAUUUGAUAAGUGCAGGCAUUGUUGUACCUCUCCUCCAGCUGCUUUUCUCUGUAACGUCUGUGUUCAUGACCCUUCGGGAGCCAGCAUCCGCCAUUCUUGCAAGGAUUGCCCAGUCAGAAGCCAUACUUGUCAAUCAAGAUGUGGCUCAGCAGAUGCUGUCACUUCUAAACCUGUCUAGUCCAAUAAUACAGCAUCACCUCUUAGAAGCACUGAAUAGUAUUGCUGCCCAUUCCAGUUCAUCCAAUGUUAAAAACAAAAUGAUAGAAAAUGGCGCAAUUCGACUUCUCCUACCCUUCUUGACUGAACCCAACAUUAAGAUUAGGUCUGGUGCCUUAGAUUUACUCUAUACUCUUUCUAAAGAUAUGCCAGGAGAUUUGACGGACCAGCUAGGAGAAACCCUUCUCAAUAUUAUUGUAAAUAUUAUUUCAUCAUCAACAUCUAAGAAUGAAAUAGCGGCAGCCAUUGGCUUGCUGAGCAAUCUUCCAGUUAAUGACAAGAAAGCAACAGAUGCAUUGAAAAAGGCAAAUUUGCUGCCUAUUCUGGUCUCCAUACUGAGCUCAAGCACUGCGACUUCAACACCCAGUACUUCCUGGUUGGAAGAGAGCACUGCAGGCCUGUUAAUUCGGUUUACGAUUCCUUCAGAUAAGAAAUUGCAACAAUUUUCAGCAGAAAGUGGCAUAAUCCCCUUACUUGUUAAGUUUCUCAUCACUGGGUCAAUGGUUGCUAAAUGUAGAGCUGCAACCUCACUAGCUCAGCUAUCACAGAAUUCGCUCUCUCUUAGGAAGUCCAGAGCAUCAAGAUGGUUAUGUGUUCCUCCUUCUGCAGAUGCAUUUUGUGCAGUUCAUGACGGCUACUGUUCUGUCAAAAGCACAUUCUGUUUGGUCAAGGCAGGUGCCAUAUCCCCACUGAUUCAAAUUUUGGAAGGUAAAGAGAGGGAUGCCGAUGCAGCGGUGCUUGGUACCCUUGCAACUCUUUUGCAGGAUGAAAUUUGGGAAAAUGGAAGUAACUUGAUUGCUACAAUGUGUGGGAUCCAAUCCAUUAUAAAAAUUUUGGAAAUAGGGAACAUCAAUGCUCAAGAGAAAGCACUGUGGAUAUUGGAGAGGAUAUUUAGAGUGGAGGAUUACAGAACACAGUUUGGGGGAUCUGCACAAGUGUUACUCAUUGAUCUAGCACAGAAUGGAGAACCAAGAUUGAAAUCCACAAUUGCGAAGUUGUUGGCUCAACUUGAGCUCUUGCAACUUCAGUCUAGUUACUUUUAAGGUGGAAAAUGGAACCCCACAACAGUAAAAAUUCUUGUGCCUACCUCUGAAGAUUGCUCUUUGUUUGGAUGCUUUCACAUUGAGAUUUCUGAUGAGGAUAAAGGAAAGAAGUGCUACAAACAUGGAAAAGUAAGAAAGGAAUUUGAUCCUCUAAUCUAAUGGGCGACUCUUGACUCGAUCAUUAAGGGUGUUAAGGUAAUAGGUUCAAAUCACGAAAACUAACCUUCUCAGACUCCAAUAAUGGAGUGAGAGUCUGUGGAGUGUUAUAUUUUAAUGUAGAAAUCUAAUUAAUGAGCUUAAAGCUUGUAGACUUUUGCAAAAUCCAGUCAAUAGCCAUCAUAACAUGACAAACAUCU